AUGGAGAAACCCGAAUUGGUAAAAGAGCUGCAGCGCGAUCUUGCGCGCAAAUAUCAGCUCCACGGACCAAAGAUCGAGGGAAUAUGGCAUUCCCUGGGCAAGGGACAACGAGAGAGGGUCAUGAGAGCCGGUGCCGCCGAAGGCCAAAUGCUAAAGUCGCCUAUCGAUAGAUCUUUAGGCGAUGUUUUCAAGUUCAUCCCUGACUGGAAUCUGCGAGACAUCGCCAAUCCGGAUUCUGACUAUCUGCUCGAUUGCCUGAAACAUCGCGCGACGAAGUCUUUAUCUGAGCAGUACAUCGAGAGUGUCGACGGUGGCCCCGGUGAUGCAGCGGUCAUAUUAAGGGGCAUGCAGGUCCAUGGUCUUAAACAUGUUGAUCCGUUUCGCUAUAGCUUCACGUUGUUCAUGGACGAAGAACGAUAUGGUCAGUCCUUCACAGUCUCUGACCAGGAGAAGUACAAAGAAACAAUGGCUGCGUUGAAAGUUGGGGUGGAUGCUGGAUUGAUUGUGCCUCAGUCGACGGGCGAACUUAUCUUGGAAAGACAGUCUAUCCUAUUAACGUCCAUGAACAUCGUAAUCCAGGACAUCCUUGAAGCGGGUUCUACCGUUGAGGCGAAAGGGCGCUCCAAAAAGUCAGAGAAGGCUGCGCGGGAGGCUAUGUCCAAACUUACAAUUGACCAGAAGCCAGAAAAGCUCUCCUUGGAAGACCUAGCUGCUCUUUCUCUUGACCAGAAGUCAGCUCUGGAGGACUAUGUACUUCUUUGUCGGACUGAGCCGGAGUUCCUUGCUCAUGCUGUCAACGCUUGGUUCUUCAGUCGACCCGAGCUGGUCGCGGACGAGAAAGGCCGAAGAUUGCCCUUGAUUACAGAUAAAUAUAUUAACAUCGCAUUUUUCGAGAUGAUUCACAAUGCCGUGGUUGGUGCUGCAGUCUGGGGGUAUAUCCAUCAACUUCUCCAGGCUCUGGUAACCGGACCCAACGACCGGACCUACAAAAGUGCCUUUCUCCAGGAGCUGGCAAACGUUUGUCAUUUCGAGUACCAGCGAGGUCAGCGGCUUUUUAAGCGCCACGUACAAAUGGCUUCUGGAGAUAAACAUUUCAAGCGCGUCUCUGGCGUAUAUGAUAAUGACACCGCGCGGGUAACAAUGAAAACCAAGCCGGACACCCUUACCAGAACCGAUCCGCAACUCCAUUAUAUACUUCGCCUCUGCCAGACAGACACAAAUGUCUCCAAUGCAGUCGAAUGGGUUCGAAACGAAUUUGACGCUUUCGGGGAUCUUGCUGUGACAAUCAAUUUCGUCCAGUGUCUCUCGACGUCCCUUCCCAUGCCACCAAUGAAUCCGAAGAAGGGACAAACUUAUAUCUCUCGGCUAAAGGCACUGGGGUCCGAGCUUGACCCGUUAAAGUCCGAGGUUGACUUGUCAGCUUUUGCAGUGCCCAUCGAUAAUCUCAUGGAGCCGGGAAUGGCUCAAGGUGCGCUGACCACGCUUGAUGAGUUCAUUUCCAACAAAACAGGCGCAGAUAUUGGAUUCCUCUAUCAGGAUUUGAACGACGAAUGCUUGUCAGACAUGCAGAACAAAGCUCAACAGCAGAAAGAGAAGAACGAACAGAUAAAACGGGAUGAGCUGGUUUCGUCAAUUCCUGGAGCGCCCAGCCGGGAAAUUCAAAUUGAACAGCGCAAGGAAAAGACAAAGACACGCCCGCCACAUUCAUCCGUGUAUAGUAUUGCUCCAACAGCAACUCCCACGACGGAAGCAGAACCUGCAGCGCCCUCCCAAGUAUUCAAAGUAAAGCCAUCCUCCUUAGAGGUAUUCUCGACCCUUUUUUCCAACCCGAGACCACGGAACUCAAUCACCUGGGCUGCGUUCCAAGCCGCCAUGGCGCACAUGAAAUUCUCUGUUGUGUCAAAGACUGGGUCGAUUUAUAUCUUCUCUCCUCCUGAAGGUUUCAAUGUUCAAAAGCCUAUCACACUCCACCGACCACAUCAGUCCCGGAUCGAGGGUUGGAGGCUUCUUUACCUUGCAAGUCGUCUCAAGAGAAAAUAUGGAUGGGAUGAAAAGUCAUUCGAGAUAGAAUAAGGUAGCUAUGACUUGCUCUGUUGGGCUAACGCGGUCGUCAGCAAAGCUGCGUAGUGAUAGUUCGGGUACACCACGCCUAAUCUCCAGAUAUUUGACCCAAAUAAGUCACAUCUAGCUCUAAAUACCUUCGCGACAUAGCAUGCG